GAUGGAGCCUGUUGGAGUUCGUAUCAUGUUGGUGAAGCUGACCAGCUCGGAGCGCUGCUUCUUCGUCUCUCUUCUCAUCGGCUUCUCUUUGAUCUUCCUCCUGGAGCUCACAGUCCCAUUGGCGAUCUACAGGGAAGUCACUGCGAUGAAGGAUACCAUCUACAAUCCUGGACUGGCUCCUAAAACUCCAGGUAACGAUUCAGGUUUAAUCUUUGUGCUGGGUAUUAGACAGAAUAGAACCGACGAUAUUUCGAAUGCUGUGAGUUGGAUCGGAAUCUUCGCUUUUCUCUCUGUCGUGAUGUUAAUGAUGUGGAACAAGCUGAAGACCAUGAUGGUGCUAUCAUAUAUCGGAAUCUAUCCCUUGAGACAUAGUCUUCUGGGUAACUUGAAGACCAAAGAUCUGGUUGAAGGACUCAGAAAGGCUAGAGUGCAACCUGUUCCACACCAUAUUUCACCUGAUCCUAUGGUACAUUUAUGAAUAUUGAUGGUUGAAUUAAUGUCGAAAUAUUCAUUUUACAUGUUUUGUUCAGCAAGUUAAAAAAUCCAAAAAAAAAAAAAAAAUCAGAUAUACUUAUUAUGUGAGGAACAUCAUCUAACUCCUUUUGGUAAAAAAACCUAAAAUUUCUGCAUCUGCGAUUAAUUCAUUCAAGUCUUACUGGAAUCUACAGGAAUCAACUUCUACAACUUUCAUUUAAAAAAAAAAUAUAUAAACAAGAUUUUUCAUAAUUCAAUUAUUUUUUAAUAUUAGUGAUCAUAUAGAAUUUUGUUUUACUGUUUAUGUAAUAUUUUAGAUCCUUAAAAAUUUUUCAUUUGUAUAGUGUUUUUUAGAAUAAUACCAUUGUUUUUGUAUUACCUCAAAUAUUAAAUUAUAAUCAUGACCUUAGGAGUUUGUAAUAAAAUCACAUAAUAAAUGAAGAUAU